AUGGCACUCGUCUAUGUGGCUAUCCAUCACCGGUUGGAGGCGUACUUGAGUCGAAGGGCGAGGGAAUCUCUUGACCAUGCUACACUCACCGCGACUAUCUCGAGCGAGCUUGAAAAUACGGACAAGAACUUUGACCAGUUGGAAAGAGACCUUCUGGAACUCGGACGAUUUGUCAUGCAGGCUCAUGAUAAGGGACUGAGGUCUCCAGAGUUAAGCAAGAUGCAUGCAUCUCUAUGUCAGCAGAUGCUGGAGCUCGGACGGAAAAUCAUCCACGCUCAUGAUACGGUGCUUUCGACGUGCCCAGAGAUAAGGGAGCUGCAUACGGCUCAAUGUACGCUGACGCCGGAACGACGCCAGGUAUUCCUUCGCGCAGAAGAGCCGCAGACUGCUGCUGGGGAGGCCAGAAAUCGUUGCCAUCAGGAGCUUGAGGGGCAAAGAUCGCUACAGGAUAACACAGGUGUUGGGCUCUAG